AUGGACCUCCACCGCUGCCGCUUCAUCGCGUACCCUCCCUCCGCCAUCAACGCCCUCGCCUUCUCCCACCCCUCCGCCCGCACGAAGCAGCACUCCGCCCUCUCCCGCCUCGCCGUCGGCCGCGCGAACGGCGACAUCGAGAUCUGGAACCCCCUCAACGGCGCCUGGCUCCAGGAGACCGUCCUCCGCUCCGGCGCAGACCGCUCCGUCGACGGCCUCGUCUGGGUGACCGACCCCGACGACACCCCUUCCGCCCCCGGCGCCGCCACCAUCCCAGGCCGCGCGCGCCUCUUCAGCAUCGGCUACACCUCCGCCGUCACCGAAUGGAACCUCGAGACCGGCCGCCCCCUGCGCCACGCCUCCGGCCAGCACGGCGACAUCUGGUGCCUCGCCGCCCAGCCCCCGGCCUCGCCCUCCGACCCCGUCACCCGCCUCGUCGCCGGCACCAUCGACGGCGUCCUCGCCCUCUACUCCGUCGAGGACGGCGAGCUGCGCUUCCAGCGCAUCCUCGUCAAGUCCCCCACCAAGAAGGUCCAGAUGGUCAGCAUCGCCUUCCAGUCGCGCCACACCUUCGUCGUCGGCUGCUCCGACUCCACGCUCCGCGUCUACGACAUCAAGCGCGGCUCCUGCCUCAGCAAGAUGACCAUCGGCCCCGAGAAGGACCGCAAGGACGCCGGCGCCAGGGAGCGCGCCGACAUCAUCGUCUGGAGCGUCAAGACGCUGCCCUCGGGCGACAUCGUGUCGGCUGAUUCGGCCGGCCAGGUCUGCAUCUGGGACGGCAAGACGUACACCCAGGCGCAGCGCAUCCAGGGCCACCGCCAGGACGCCCUCAGCCUGGCCACCAGCGCCGACGGCUCCGCCAUCAUGAGCGGCGGAAUGGACCGCCGCACCGUGCUCUACAAGAAGACCUCCGGCAACGGCGCCAGAUGGGGCAAGGUCUGGAGCAGGAAAUACCACGAGCACGACGUCAAGGCCAUGGCCUCGUUCGAGAGCAGGAGCGUGAGCAUCGUCGUCACAGGAGGCCCCGACGCCUCCCCCGUCGUCCUCCCGCUCAAGGAACUCGGCCGCGAGAACCACAGAACCCUCCCCCACCUCCCCCAGACGCCCCCCCUCGCCAGCGCGCCCGAUGCCCGCCUGCUCAUCAACUGGUGGGACAACCAGGUCGAGGUCUGGAAGCUGCAAAACUCCUUCGACGGCCUCUUCGGCGACGGCGUCGCCCCCGCCGACAAGGACAAGGACCUCGACACCAACCGCAAGCUGCUCAAGACCAUCCUCGUCAACGGCGACUCCUCCAUCUCCUCCGCCGCCAUCACCCCCGACGGCUCCCUCUGCGCCGUCGCCACCCCGACCGCCCUCAAGGCCUUCCACCUCCGCCACGACGGCAACCCCACCAAGCCCUCCGACGUCGCCGUGUCCACCAUUCCCGUCCCGGCCUCCUUCGCCUCCAACGGCGCCAGCAAGGUCAUCCUCUCCCCGGACGGCGCCUGGCUCGCCGCAGUCCAGGACGGCUCCAAGGUCCUCGUCGCGAGAAUCACGCGCGACGCCGACACCGGCGCCGUGACCAUCGAGAAGCCCCGCGCCGUCGCCCGCCUCCGCCGCAACGUCCCCAAGCACCAGUCCCACGGCGGCCUCGGCAGCUACGAGAGGACCGUCGCGCACCUCGCCUUCUCCCCGGACAGUCGCAUGCUCGCCGCCGCCGACCUGGCCGGCUAUAUCGACACCUGGGUCUUCGGCACCCCGUCCCCCCGCGCUGAAGACGACGACGAGGAAGAUUCCGCCGACUCCGACUCCGACGAUGCUCCCGCCGACGCCACGGAGCGCUGGAUCCGCAACCCAACCGCCUCCCUCCUCCCCAAACUCCCCGCCACCCCCGUCGUCCUCUCCUUCUCCCCAGACCUCGCAACCACCGCCGACAACGCCCCAGAGUACACCCUCGCCGCCGUCACAACCGCCUGGCACAUCCUCAUCUUCAACCCCGCCGCCGGCUCCCUCAACGCCUGGUCGCGCCGCAACCCCGUCUCCCGCCUGCCCGCGACCAUCCGCGAGACACGCGACCUCGCCAAGGGCGCCCUCUGGCAGGGCCCGCGCGUCUGGAUCUACGGCAUCAACUUCCUCUUCAUGCUCGACCUCUCCCAGGACCUCUCCGCCCCCGUCGCCGUCGCCGACCCGGACACCGCCGUCGUCGUCCACGCGCACGCCGCGGGCACCAAGCGCAAGCGCAAGGGCCCCGACUCCGGCGCCGGCUCCAAGAUGUCCAUCGGCGCCAUCGUCCCCGCGCAGGUCGACCGCUUCGUCGCGGCCAAGGGCACCAAGGAGUGGCAGGACGACAUCGAGGCCCGCGCCCCCGCGGACGCGAUGGACGUCGACUCCGACGCGGUCUCCGCCGACGAAGCUGCCGCUGCGGGUUCCGACUCGGAAGAGCCCGAGUCCGGCCUCGCCACGCUCCGCGGCCGGCAGGAGGAGACUCAGGCCGAGGAUGGCGCCGGCAAGACCCGCUGGUGGCACACGUACAAGUACCGACCCAUCCUGGGCAUAGCGCCGCUCUCCGGCACCGGCGCCGCGUCGCUCGAAGCCGUCCUCGUCGAGCGGCCGCUGUGGGAGGUGGACCUGCCCGAGAGGUACUUUGGCGCCGACGAAUGGGAGAGGUGA